AUGUCUGUGAAGAAAGGACGCGGCAAAACUUUGGCCGAGCAGAUCGCUGAGCUCGAAGAUCCUACUCCCAAAGAAUUCGACCCCGAGGAGCAGAGUGACGGCCCUGAAGAUAGCGGCAGCGAAAGUGGUAGCGAUGGCGCAGGCCUAGAGAAUGGGAGAGGGCAUUAUGAAGCCGUAAGCAAGAGCAAACUAAGAAAAGCAGAUCAAAUAGAGCUAGGAAGUGAAUAUGCUGGAUCGCGGGUUAGUCGCCAUGAUUUGAAUGGAUAUAACUCCAGCGAAUUGCAUUCUUCAGAAGAUGAGAGUGAAGGAGCCGGUGAUUACUCUGGUGACGGGUUCUCCGCAAGUGAAGACGACGAGGAUGGAGAAGACACGAACGCGGAAUCAGAGAUGGAUGAUAUGGAGUCAGACGAAGGCGAUGAGUCUGACGCGGCUAUACCUAAUGAAUCUGAUAUGGAGGAGGGAACACGGAAGAAGUCGAAGUUACAACAAACCAAGACUGCUGAAAACGACCGUGAAGAAUUACGACGGCUGAUGGCUACUGGGGAUAAGAUGGUGACAGCAUCGAUAUCGCAAGCCGCCAAAGCUGAUGCUGUUAAAGGCGCGGCUGUUAAAGAACAGAGGCUUACGUUUGACGCGCUUUUAAACUCCCGGAUUAAGCUACAGAAGGGUCUCACUUCGCUUAAUGGCGAGUUUUCUACCUCUGAUGAGACUGAGGACCUGAUCAAGUCUGCUGAAACUGCUGUAUUAUCUCUAUGGAAUAUGCUGGGUGACCUUCGGCAGACGCUUGCGGACCACCACGCUUCAGGCAGCGUCAACCUGAAGAAACGCAAGAGACCUGCCCCUGCGACAGCAGAGACGAGUUCUGCGGAUAUUUGGAACCAGAUGUGUGAGCUUGAGACAAUGUCUAUUUCUCACCGGCGCGGAGUUCUCGAUAAAUGGUCUCGAAAGGUUCGCGGAGCUCGUAGCAGUACGCUUUCUAAUAACAGCCGGGGCAAGUUAUUGAAUACCAACUCAGAGGAGCAGAGCAUAACCGCGGUUUUGGAAACGUACAUGUCUAAGGAGAGCAAGAAUGAUAAGCCAUCUGCUUCCACCACCGAGUCUGGAACAGGAAUAGGAUAUGAUGAUACGGCGUUUUACCAGUCACUGCUACGUGACCUAGUCGAGCAACGCAUGGCAGCAUCAACCAACGGUGGAGUUAUCCUGGACUCGAUAUCUACGCAGCUUCCUAGGAGCGGCACUACGAACCCCAUUACAGGAAUGCGCAAGGAUAAGGUGAAGCGUGCAGUAGAUACAAAGGCUUCUAAGGGGCGAAAGAUGAAGUAUAAUGUGCAUGAGAAGCUACAGAAUUUCAUGGCACCAGAGGACCGCGGUACAUGGUCCAAUCGAGCUAGAGACGAGUUCUUUGCAUCAUUACUAGGUCGAAGUGUGGGAAAUGUAUUGGGUGAGGAUGAAGAGAGUGAUAAUGAUGGCGAUUCUAUAGAUGAUGAUGCCGAAGGAGGUUUAAGAUUGUUUAGAAGUUAG